GAUCGUAGAGCGUGGUUACUACAGCGAGCGAGACGCCGCUCACGUCAUCAAACAGAUCCUGGAGGCCGUGGCGUAUCUACAUGAGAACGGCGUCGUGCAUCGUGACCUCAAACCAGAGAACCUGCUGUACGCCGACCUGUCGCUGGACGCCCCGCUGAAGAUCGCUGACUUUGGUCUUUCCAAAAUCGUCGAUGACCAGGUCACCAUGAAGACCGUCUGUGGUACACCAGGGUACUGCGCUCCUGAGAUCCUGCGGGGAAAUGCUUACGGCCCUGAGGUGGACAUGUGGUCAGUGGGCGUCAUCCUCUACAUCCU